AUGGCUAUUCAUGUAUCAUACAAUAUGCAUCCAUACCAAAUGCAAUUCUAUGAACCUUACAGUUAUUCUUCAUAUUAUGGUCUACCAUCAGCGAUGACAACUGAACUGUUGUCGUAUCCUGAUGAAAAACCGAAAGCAGAGAAGAAAGAAACAACGCUAAAUACGCUCUUGACUUCCUUAGGCCGUUCUACGAAAAACUUUCGGACUGAUUCCCAUUCAAAUAGUUCAUUCGCGUCUGUUGAAUUCACAACGUCAGAUAACAGCAAAUGUCAGAAACUCUUACGAAAAUGCAAGAAGAUUUUGAAAAUUAAAUCUAGUGAAAAAUGA